UUAUUUUCAGUAGAGCUCCAGCUUAGAGGUGGAUAAAGUUCGUCUCCACGUUGGAAGUGAUAGAAAAUAUUAUCGAGACACUGUGUUUACUUUGUGAGAAGAAAAAUAUCAAAUCAAAGAGGAUAUUUCAGCUGCGAAACCGCUGACCGCUCGUCGACCGGGGAAAAGGUUUUUUUUUAAUGAUCGCACAGCUCACAAGAGAAAAGUUUUCACAGGACACAAAGUUGUCAAGUGAGUUGAACUUCAACAAUAGGCGGACUCUAUCCAAGGCAGCUGUGGGAGAUAGCGAGUCACAUUUAGACAUAUCGCUCGAUUUUGUUGGGGGGAACAUUUUAAUGCUUGGACUUUUGAUCGGACAAAAACCCUCCCUCACGGUAAUUAAAAGUUUAUGUCCACCAAAAUGGAAGCGACAUUCUACGACGAGUCAGUGAAUGCGUCUAACUCUCAGCGCGAGGGGACGGGGGUGUAUGGGUUUAACCCAAAAACCCUCAAACAGACCAUGACCCUGAACCUGAACGACCCGAAAAACUUCAAACCCCAGUUGCGAUCCAAGGCCAUCGACAUCCUGACGUCGCCUGAUGUUGGCUUACUGAAGCUGGCCUCGCCUGAACUAGAGAGACUGAUCAUCCAGUCCUGCAGCGGGCUGACGACUCCCACCCCGACUCAGUUCAUCUGUCCCAAGAACAUCACCGACGAGCAGGAGGGGUUUGCCGAAGGGUUUGUGAGGGCACUGGCCGAGCUGCACUACCAGCAGCAAAUGCCCGGCGUCAACCCUGACGCACAGACCGGUGUAGCCAACGACUUGACGUCUGGCUCCGCCGUGUCCGACAGCGGGAUUCCCUACAGCUGCACCGUGCGCACCGAGCCGCCGGAAUACACCAACUUGGGCACUUUCAGUCGCCCCGUGGCUUCUGCGCCUGCACCUGCUGGAGGGGAGAGGCACCCAUCUGCCGGUUACCCAGCCGUCCCGUCCCAGAACCACAUCGACCCCCAGCUGGCAGCGCAGCACCCGCGGCUACACGCCUUCAAAGAGGAACCGCAGACGGUGCCCGAGAUGUCCGGCGAGACCCCGCCGCUCUCCCCUAUCGACAUGGAGACCCAGGAACGUAUCAAAGCCGAGAGGAAGCGCAUGAGAAACAGGGUGGCCGCGUCCAAAUGCCGGAAAAGGAAGCUGGAGAGGAUCUCUCGGCUAGAGGAGAGGGUCAAAACCUUGAAGAGCCAGCACACGGAGUUGGUUUCCUCUGCCAAUGUCCUCCGGGACGAGCUGGCCCUGCUCAAGCAAAAGGUCAUGGACCAUGUUAACAGUGGCUGCCAGCUCAUAUUGACGCAGCAGCUUCAGGCUUACUAGACUGCCAAGAGAAAGGACCGAGGGUUAUUGUGUUGGGGACCAAAUGCAGCUCCAAGUGGCCUGAUAGCGCCUUGCAGGGGCGUCAGUUCACUAAACCGUAAGGUAUAUGUUGCAGAGUUCCCUGCAUCUAAUACCAAAAUAUCCAAACCUAGGUUAAAUCCACUAAAUUUCUGUGGACAAAGUGGAGCAGUGGCUGAUAACUGACAGUUUUGACAGAUUAUAAAGCAGAUCACCAAACUAUCUUGCACAGACGCAGAGGGAGCAUGUUUUUUCUUCUAAAUGCUUCUCUGAGACAUCUUUUGAAAUGUGGCGCUUUUGGGGGCAUUUUGGCUCCAUCUUUCCCAUUCAUAAUUCUAAAAUACACUACAGAAUCAAAUUUCGGCUCGGUCAAGCUAAGGUACAGCGAGUGCCAAUACCUUUCCAUAACCAACUGAAGCUCAUGCAGUCUUGUGCUCUGACAGAAUGACAGACUCCGUGUGGGAUCAAGUUGCAAUGGCCAGUGACACCGAGUGAGCCAGGCCUUGCCCAACAAGUCUCCCACUAUGUCCAGUAGCAGUUUAUGCAUAUAGACUUGAAUCUAGCACUGAGUUUUCUCACCAGCGACGAUAUGUACAGAAUAACACCAUUUACAAAUAUUUCACACCUUUAAUAAGGACACGGAUUCAUAGGUGUGUAGGUUUACUGACAAAAAGAGAAAAAAAACUGCCUUACUUUCUUAACCUUUACAUUGAUAAGUUUGUGAUAUAGGUGUAACGUCUGUUAGACCUUAAAUAAUACUUUGUAAUACUAUUUUUACGCCGUUUUUGAGCACUUCAGAACUGUACAUAUGACAAAUAAAAUGUUGGACACAUGCAA